AGUGCACAAGCAUGGAGGGACGCGCGGACUCCCGCGGCGAGCCCCGCGCUUGGCUCUCUGGGUCCGUGCUGGGCCGCUGCUGCGUGGAGCCGCUCGUCUUCUUUGCCAACUUCGCCUUAGUCCUGCAGGACCCGGUCACCACGCAGUACCUGUGGCACCGCUUCAGUGCCGACCUUGGCUACAACGGCACCCGCGAGAGGGGCAGCUGCAGCAACCACACAGUGGAUCCCACCGCGCAGGAAGUGGAGACUCUUACCUCCCACUGGACCCUCUACAUGAACGUGGGCGGCUUCCUGGUGGGACUGUUCUCAUCCACUCUGUUGGGCGCCUGGAGUGACUGUGUGGGCCGCCGUCCGCUGCUAGUGCUGGCCUCGUUUGGCCUGCUACUCAAUAACCUGGUGUCCAUCUUUGUGGUACACCUGCAGCUCCAUGUUGGCUACUUUGUUCUGGGCCGCAUCCUUUGUGCCCUCCUUGGAGAUUUCAGUGGCCUCCUGGCUGCUGGCUUUGCCUCCGUGGCAGAUGUCAGCUGCAGCCGCACCCGUACCAUCCGAAUGGCCCUGCUGGAAGCAUGCAUUGGGGUGGCAGGGAUGCUGGCGAGCCUUGUUGGAGGUCACUGGCUCCAGGAGCAGGGAUAUGCCAACCCCUUCUGGCUGGCCUUGGCCUUGCUGAUAACCAUGACCCUCUAUGCAGCAUUCUGCUUUGGUGAGACCGUGAAGGAGCCAACACCUGCUCGGCUCUUCACACUCCGUCACCACCGAUCCAUUGUCCAGCUCUACGUGGCCCAGGCCCCAGAGAAGUCCAGGAAGCAUUUAGCCCUGUACUCACUGGCCGUCUUCGUGGUGAUCACUGUGCACAUUGGGGCCCAGGACAUCCUGACCCUCUACGAGAUGAGCACACCCCUUUGCUGGGACUCUAGGCUGAUCGGCUACGGUUCUGCAGCUCAGCAACUCCCAUACCUCAGCAGCCUGCUGGGCCUGUGGCUUCUGCAGUACUGCCUGGAUGACACCUGGGUGGCUGAGAUCGGUCUGGCCUUCAACAUUCUGGGGAUGGUUGUCUUUGCAUUCGCUACCAUCACACCCCUCAUGUUCACAGGGUAUGGGCUCCUCUUCAUGUCAUUGGUUAUCACACCUGUCAUCCGGGCCAAGCUCUCCAAGCUGGUGAGCAAGUCAGAGCAGGGUGCUCUCUUUUCUGCUCUGGCCUGUGUGAAUGGCUUGGCCAUGCUGAUGGCCUCCAGCAUCUUCAACUCGCUCUACCCAGCCACCCUGAACUUCAUGAAGGGGUUCCCCUUCCUCCUGGGAGCUGGCCUCCUCUUCAUCCCGGCCAUUCUGAUUGGGAUACUGGAAAAGACUAAUCAUUGCCCUGAAUUCCAGCAGUUUCCCCAGAGCCCCUGAUCUGCCUGGACCAGAGGACAAAGGGCAAGAGGAGCAAAGUGAGCACUAACCAACUGGAAGUAUUGCCUCUGGAUCCCAGCCCUCAGCAGCACCGGCAGCUCCCUGCAAAGGGCAGUGUGGUCAAGCUCGACCAAGGCCCCCACCUCAUCCACAGCUAUGCCAGCCUAUGACUCUAGGAUCUGGAAUUGUAACCCAGACAGACCCACUCCAGGGCAGGCAGUGGGGGAGCCAUUCGGAACAGGGAUCUGUUUACCCUGUAGGCCAUCAGGCACAUAGAACCCUCCAGGGGAGAGGAAAGGUCCUGAUGGAGGUGACACUUCAGGGACCAGUUGAAGCAUGAGGGCUGGCCCCUCUGCUUCCAACCGAAACUGCACAGCUCACAGUGCUCAGUUUACCACGAGCAGCCACCAGUCACUCCUUAGUGAUGAAUAUGGUGCUUGGUCAGUGCUGGCUUUGUAGGGAGGGAGGGUUGUGGGAGUGGCUUGGUGCCCCCUGGAGGGAGAGUGCACUGUCUGAGGGUGGGAAUCAAUCUCUUGGGCUUAGCAGUGCCAAACAUAAUAAUUAUAAUCACCCUGAAAUGAACCUUCUGGCCCCCAAGGCAUUGGGCUGUGGGGCCCUCUGUUUUCCUGUUCACAGUUUGCCCACCAGAGGUCAGACAGCAGUAGCUGCUGGAAUGGACAGGAGCCCCUGAGCAGCCAUGGGAUUGGUACUGGACAUGGCCAGCCCAGACCUCCUCCUGACUGACCAUUCUCUUCUGAGCUGCUGGGAUGUGGAGGGCUGCCAGGCUUGCAUCAGGCCAGCAGAGAGACUCCGGGCAGAGACCUGACCGCUUGUUCCUCAGUGUCAGAGAUCCACUCCCUGAAGGCACCUGUACUGGUCUUCCUGGCUACACCAGCCCAAGCAGAAUCAGUUUUUGUUACCAUUCAGCCCUCCAGCACCUCCCUCAUUGCUGGGCAUUUCAGCAGGGCCAUGUGCUGACACUCUCCCUUGUUUAUCUGUAGGUCAACAGGAACCUGGAGAUGGGCCUGACCCUCCAGAAAAUGAGGGGCCCAUUUCUAGGGCAUUAGGAAAGCCUGGACCUAAAGUUGAAAGGCAGAAUAGGAUUCAGUAUUAAGGCACUGGCUUUGAUGAAGGCCAUAAGCCCCCAAGCAAAUCAGAUGGUACUUGACUCUUCAAAACAGAAUUGGCCACAGGGCAUGACCCCCUGCCAGUAUUUCUACCCUCAUUCUCUCUCACCUGCCCUACCAGCCGGUUUCCUGGCUAGAAAUCACGUAGGUAAAAUGGGGGAGGCCCAGAGUAAACCAGGGUCAAUUGUGGCCUUCUGUAGCCUGGGCCUGUGUCCAGAUUCCUAUCUCACUGUCCCCUGUCAUUGGGAGAUCAAAGCAAGAAGAGGGCCUGGGCUGUACUCUGGGCAGGGCCUCUAGCUCAUUCAUAUUUGGCAUUAAGCAAGGUGGUAGUUCAGUGACAUCCCCUAAUUAAUCAUGGUUGGACAAGUUAGGAAACACUAGAUUGAAUAAUGUUCUAAGAUCCUUUUUCCCUCAUACAUUCUAGAAUGAGAGGCCUCUAUUCAUGGGCCUUGGGGGAGGAUGAAUGAGUUGGAGCUGGACUUUUGACUUUUGAAUGCUCCUGAGCAGUUCUUGGUCCAGAGAGGGGCGGGGUGAGGCUGACUCAGCCCUGACCUGGGGGCAGCAGCUAGGGCCCAGCCAGGCAGAAAACCCUGCCCCUGAAGACCCGUGUCAGAGCAGGCUGCAGGGGAAAAGGCUAUUUCUCAAAAUCUCAGGACUAACCCUGUGGGGCCAAGUCUAGAUGAAAGGUGAGGGCCAAGGUGCCCGCCUGGGCCUCAAUCUGGGCAGUGUUUGUCAUGGUGGGGGAUGCCGGCCCCUGAACAUGCUGGCCUGGCUGGGGGAGGGUCAUCACUUCAGCAGCUCUGGUGGGGCCUGGAGUCUGGGCAGUCGUUCCUCAGAGAGGCAGGAGACAGGCAGCAAUGGGGGCUGUACCGAACAGAAAAACAGUGCUGGGAAACUUCCCUGAGUACUGCUCAAGAGAGCUCAGAAGGGAGUGGGGCUGGGGACAAAAAAGACAGGAAGCUUCUCCUGGAGGAGACUCAUCAAACUGUAUUAUUAUUGGUUCUGCUUCAUGAGGGCAACAUUCAGUCUGCCUCAGUCACCAUGCUAUUCAGGGCCUGGCACUGGUGGGCAUUCAUGUGGCAAGGAAGGAGAGUCAAAUGCAAAGGACCAGCUGAAGACAGUAUUUUUGGCAGGGAGGGGACUGGAAGGAAGGAGUCCGAAGCCUGACGAUGUGGCUCGAGAACUCAGAGUGGCCUGUGGCCUGGCCAGUACCUUCAGGAGGUGGCUUGGGAGCUGAGCCAGCCUUUAGGUGUGAACCCACUGCCUUCAGGAGGGGAGAGGCAGGGCAGGUCCCAGCUGAUCCCACUAGCUGGAACCUGGAUUUAUUGGAGGGAGGAUACAACCCUGGUGGAGGAAGCACCCAAGGGACUCCUGCUCGGUUAUUUCUGUAUAGCCUCUGGGUCAGCCUUCUGUUACAAAAACCUGUCCCCCACAGCUAGAUUCUUUGGGGCAAGGGAGAAACCAGCCAUCUGUGGCUCAACAGUCCUGCCCAGGAUGAUUCUUAGGAGAGCAGUCCCAACAGCAGUGGGCUGAGCAGCAGGAGGCCAGGUCUGCAUCCUGGGGCUGACACUCAUGACUUGGGAAACUGGGCACAUCAUUCAUUUCCUUCUCUAAAAUGGAGAUGAUACCAGGUAAGGUUGCUCUGAUGAUUAGAGACCAUGGAGUGUCAGGGAAAUGGCAAAGAUUUGUGAGACAUUUGUGUUUUACAGCCUUGCUACCCACCUGAGAGUUGGUGAGAACUGCAGAAACUCAGGCCCCACCCCAGUCUCCUGAAUGGAAUUUUAACAAAAUUCCCAGAUGAUUUGAAUGCACCCCCUUGCCCUGCUGCAGGGUCUUGCCUCUUCCCAGGGAGCUACAGUUCUGCCCAGGCUACUGCUGAUGCCACAGGGCGCUGCCUUGCCCCACCUCCCCCUGAGCAAGUGGGUGGGCAGCCUUGGGUGGGUGAGGGGCUGGGGAAGGGAGCUGGACCAGGCAGAGGCCCAGGGCACAGCACCAAAGCAUAAGUAAGGGGGCUAGCUGCCCUUUGAGACAUGGCCUCCCCUGCUCAGACCCAAACAGGGGACUCCCAUGUACCAGUGAGUGUAGGCCGCAGCUGCAGACCAGUGAGACCAGUACAGGCUGGCUCAGCCUGACCCUGACCCAGGUGUGGUGAAGGAGGCCACACGUCAGGAAGGCUGGGAGAGGGGCCAGGCCAGCUAAGGACACUGAGUGGUUAUAGGGCAAGGCCACGGGGUGCAAAGAAGUGGUGAGCCCAGGGGCCAGAAGCUGUCUGGGUGGAGAGCCAUGGCUGGACUCAUCCCCAGCUGGCUCCCAGGCCCAGGCCCUUGCGGGGCGGAGAGCGUUGGGCACUGUGUUAAUGCCUGUUUGAGGCUGCCUGCCUUCACUCUACUCAAGCUGGCUGCUGUCAGGGCAGGAGAAGGGUAGUGUGCAGCAAACCCUCAGUCUCCAGGGUCUCCAGAACUGAGCAGUGACCCUCCCACAACAGAAACAGGACCUGGUGGCAGGGCCUAGGGAGGUCUUAGCACCCCCAAUGCCUGGCUUCCCUUCCCUUUCCAGAGGAAGCUGGGUUUGAGGUGGACCAUGAGGGUGAGGAGAUAGAGAGCCAUUUCCUGAGAAGAGCCCAGGCUGUCUCAGCCCAGGGAGGACAGUCUGAGUUGUUCCAUUGGGGGGUGAGGAGGAUGAUGGAAAUGGGGGUCAUGGCAGGGCUUGGGAACUAGGGACUGGUUAAGUUGGGCCCAGGGGUACAGCACCCUCCAGACUGGUGUCGGAGCCUGCAGACGAGUCCCGGGAGGAGCGGCCCUGCAGGAAGCGGAUGAUCUUCUCAAUGGUGGCCUCCUGGUACUCAUGGGACCACCUGUGGGCACAGAGGCCGGUGGGUCAGCGGGCUGGGCAGAGGGAGCUGCCACUGGGGGCAUGCGUAACCCACCCCGCCCCUCCUCACUUGAUGCCGUUGAAGCUGAGCACAGCCUGCAUGUCCUCAGGCAGGGCCUGGGGCUCUGGCCACUCGAAGCCAUCAAUGACAGGCACGAUGUUCUUGCCACAGCUCAAAGCAGUCACAAUCUCCUGGAGAGAGAAGAGGAGGGAAGAGGAAGAGACCCUGGGUCCCAUCCAGGGACCUGGGGCCAGGCAGGCACUGGGAGGGCCAGUAGCCCAAGGCUGAGCCCAAGAGCCCAAGGUGGGAUACUGGCCUUGAAGUCCACCUUGAUGUCUCCCUCACCUGCUGUGGUAAUAUAUAUAUAUAUAUAUAUAUUUGGUCUUUGUUCCAGGUUCUUGGCACCAAGCUCCUAAAACCCUCAGAAUCUCAGAUGACCUGGGAGGUAGGAGGCUCUGCCUAGGUAGCUUCAGGAUGGGGGCUGGUGGCCAGAAAGACUAAGCUAUGCUUAGAGGGUUGGAACUUUCAGCACUCCUGGCCCCCCUGCCCCAGACACUUCCAGGGAGGGGAGAGGGGCUGGAGAUUGAGUCCAGUCACCAGUGGCCGAUGUUAAUCAUCACGUAGACUUAAUCAGCCUACAUGAUCAAACUUCCAUAAAACCCCUAAGGAUUGGGUGGGUUGGUGAAUACAUUUAGAUGCUGGGAGGGUGGCCCAGAGAGGCAUGGAAGCUCUGUGCCCCCCUGCCCAUGCUCCCACUCCCCAUACCUUACCCUAUGCAUCUCUUCCACUUGGAUGUUUCUGAGUUGUAUCCUUUAUAAUAAGCCCAAGAAUAGUUAAGUGCUUUCCUGAAUUCUGCACGUCAUUCUAGCAAAUUAUUGAACCUGAGGGGGGAGGUCAUGGGGACUCAUGAAUUUGUAGCCAAGGCAGUCAGAAGUGCAAGUGGCCUGGGACUUGUGGCUGGGUCUGUGGUGAGGGCUGACUUCUGGGACUGAGCCCUUAAACUAUGGAGUCUGACAUCCGCUCCAGGUAGUAGUUAGUGUCAGAACUGAACUGAAUUGUGGGCCAGCCAGUUGGUGCUGGUGAAAUGGAGAAUUGAUUGUUGGUGUGUGAAAAACUCCACACAAAUUGGUGUCAGAAGAAAAACAUCACACCUCCUGCAUCCAGAUUGAUCCAUGAGGAGCCCUGCCAGUUGUCAUCCUUACUUAUUUCUCAAAUCCACCCAUUUUUCUCUCCUCCACCCGCUACCACUGCCCUGCUCCAACCCUGUAUUACCAUUACUCCCCACCCAGUCUCUUCUCAUCCAUUCUUGCCCCGUGGAAUUCACUCUUCACAUUGCCCUUUCACCUAGCCACUCUUUGCAAAAUGCAAAUCUGAUCAUGUCAUACCCUACUUAAAACUCUUCAUGACUUUAUAUGGCUCUUAGAAUAAUGUUCAAAGCUUUAUGUGGUUGGCCACAGCUCACUUCUCAAACUCUACCCCAUCCUGUUCUCCCAGCCCUAGAUUUGCCAUCCCCCCCCCCGCGCACAGGGCAUUUGCACAUGCUGUCUCCUAUGUCUAGAAUACUUUUCCCUGCCCUUUCACAUAGCUAAUGCCAACUCAUUUUUCUGAUCUGAACUCAAUCAGCCUUCCCAGGGAAGUCUUCCUUCACUUCUCUGACCAGUUCAGAUCCCCUAUUUUAGGCUUUCAUAGACUUCGCAGCACCUACAGUUGCAAAUUUAAAUUAACUAAUGAGUAAUUUACUUAUUAUCUGUCUUCCGUACAUAAGACAUAAGGACCGGGACCAUGUCUGGUUUUCACUCACCUUGUGUCUCAGGAUCUUGUACAAAGCCCUGCCCAUAGCCAGCCUUUGCUAAAUACUUGAUGGCUAACUGGCUAAAUGAAAGAAUGAGACAACAUUGCAUAGCAGUUAAGGUUGUACUCUGGAAUCAUCAGAUCUGGGUUCAUAUUGAGUCUCUGACACAGGCUCUGUCAUGUGAGGCAAAAACAACAUCUCUAAUUUCUAAAAAUAGGGUUAAUGAUAGUCCCUAACUGGUAGGAUUGUUGGGAGGCAUAACUGUGAUAACCCAUUGCAAGUGAUUAGAAUAGCACCUAGCAAGUAGUGUAUGUUUAAUAAGUAACAAGUAAUUAUUUCCUCCUUUGUGAAGUGGGGAUAAUAAAGCUUACCUCAUCA